AAUCAAUUGAAUUUUAUAUUCCAAAAUAACAAAUUAUAAUAUAAUGUCUAAUUUUCUAAUGUUGGCAAUUAGCCUGGUCAUUGUGGCUAAUGCUCACGGGGUUGUUGGCAUAGAGUCGGUCGUAUGCGACGGCGACUUUUACUGGCGUACCGAAAAAGCAGACCAAAAGUGUUAUUACGUGUCGACCACUCGUGUCAACCAAACGGUUGCCACAAAACUAUGCAAACAAUUGCACCCAAAGGGAGGGCUACUGGCCAUACACUCAGCACAGGAGCAACAACUCGUAAACACAAUACUACACCAAAAGGGCACCGAUAGUCUGGACGUGUGGUUAGGAUACGAGGGGGAUGGAACGUCGCUUGAAUAUAAAUGGGUGGACGGCAUCCUAACUAACUAUACUAACUGGGCGUCCAGUGCUUGGGAUGACGGAGACGUCGGGUAUAGACCGUGGGGUUCGUGUAGUUACCUGGAGGUUGAUAUAAGCAAGCACAUAUUUGGUCAGUGGAUGAGUAGUUACUGUAUGAGUGUUAAGCAAGUGAUGUGCCAGGUCGAUUUGAAACACAAAUAACUUUCAUUAAAUUUAUAACAUUCAAAAUAUUUUCGGAUUUUA